GUGGUCUGUGCGCGCUUAGCAUUGUGGGACAGUCUCACGCUUAUUUGUUUCUUUUCUGUGUUGUUCGAAUUUAAAUUGCUGAGAAAGAGAAGGGGAGAGUCGUUAGCAAUGGCCGGGGACGAUGUUGAGGACUUUUUGAAGCAGAACAGAGAUUCCGCGGAUUUAGUUGAGAAAUUUCAGUCCAUUUCUGAGAGCGAAAAACAAUGGAAGUUCCGGAGAGAAUUCAUCUUGAGAAAUCUUUCAGAAUUUCAGGACACAAACAUUGACCAUCUCCUGUCUUUGUCUAUGGUUUGGGCGAACCACGUUUUUCUGGGUUGUCGUUACAGCCAAGACCUCAUGGAAAAAGUGAAGGAAAUGGCAGAAGAUAUUGAAGUCGAAGAUGCACCCGUGUUUAAAACACGAGAUGAGAUCAUGAAGCAGCGUUCAUAAGAGUCCCAGAAUACAAUGCAUUGAAAAGAAGAUUAUCUGCAGCACAGUGAGGACCGUAUCUAAGUGGGAUCUGCAUUGGAUCUUCUGUUAAGGACUAUUUAUUCUCAGGCUUGUAAAGACAAGAACAUUUGUUUUUUAAGGAGUCUUUAAAAUGUAUUAGGAAUGAAUCAGAUAGAAUUGAACAUCAUAAGAUCAAUGAAGUCAGUCAUUUUUUAGAUUAGACCUUGUACAAAUGGUUACUAUUUGGAAUAGUGUUAGUAAAAAAAAAAAAAAAAAGCCAACAAAUUAGGUAUUUAACAAUGUAAACAAUUAAGGAUAUUUUAAAAAUAAUGUGAUAUCUUGUAACAAUUGUAAGUCACCCUGGAUAAGGGCGUCUGCUAAGAAAUAAAUAUUUUAAGAGAAAUAAUUUAACACCACCAAAUAUUAAUUACUGUUCUAAAUAAAGUACUUUUUUUAAAAACAGUAAA